AUGGACUCCAUUUGGACAGCCAUAAGUUUAAUGAAGCCAAAAUGUUUUAUGGCAUCAGUUGACUUAAAAGAUGCUUAUUACUCAGUGAGAGUAUCAUACCAACAUCAAAAAUACUUAAAAUUUGUAUGUAAGGGGACUCUUUACAAAUUCACAUGCCUGCCUAAUGGGUUAGCAUCCUGCCCCAGAAAAUUCACAAAGUUACUAAAACCAGUGUAUUCAUCACUACGACAACAAGGUCAUGUGUCAUCCCCAUAUAUUGAUGACUCCAUCCUCAUUGGGGAUAAUUAUGAUGAAUGCGCAGAUAAUGUGAUAAAUACAAUAAGACUGCUUGAUAAUCUCGGGUUUGUACCACACCCGAAAAAAUCUGUUUUUAUACCCACACAAAUUCUAGUGUUUCUAGGGUUUUUAUUGAACUCAAUCACUAUGACAGUCUCCCUAACUCCCGAGAAGGCUAGAAAGUUAAAAGCUGCAGUCAACCACCUUCUCCUACGUCAAAGGCCUUGUAUUCGUGAGGUGGCACAAGUUGUGGGACUCAUUAUAUCUAGUUUUCCUGGGGUCAUGUAUGGGCCUUUGCAUUUCCGCCUCACUGAGCAUGAAAAAUCAGAAGCCCUCAAACUGAAUGCUGGGAAUUUUGAAGCACACAUGUGUUUGACAUCACUGGCUAGAAAUGAGCUUCAGUGGUGGGUUGACUCCAUAGAUACAGCAGUUAAUGUAGUGUAUCGGCCUGAGCCAGAUAUUACAAUUCGAACUGAUGCAUCCAAACAAGGUUGGGGGUGUGCAGUAAAUGAUCUAGCAACUGGGGGGCUUUGGACAGUGGAAGAGCAAGAAGACCAUAUAAAUUAUCUUGAAAUGCUAGCUGUGUUGUUUGGCCUUAAAGCAUACAAGCAGUUGGUAUCUGACAAGCAUGUAAAAGUGCUUGUUGAUAAUACCACAGUUCAGGUUACACUGAAUAAGAUGGGAACUAGUCAUUCUCCCAAAUUAAAUGCUCUUGUUAAGUCCAUAUGGGACUGGUGUAUCAUACACCAUAUUUGGCUCACAGUUGCCCGUAUACCAGGGAAAGAAAAUAUUGAGGCUGACUAUGAAUCCAGAAAGUGUAGGCGAAAUACAGAAUGGUGCCUUGACAAAAAAUUGUUUCACAAAGCAUGUGAAAAACUACACUUUAUGCCCAAUAUUGAUCUUUUUGCUUCUCGGAUAAACUAUCAGGUGAAGCCAUUCUUUUCAUAUCAUCCUGAUCCAGAAGCAUUAGCAGUAAAUGCAUUCCACCAAACAUGGAGUGAUUACAAGUUCUAUGCUUUUCCCCCAUUUAGUAUAAUCAGUCGGGUUCUCCAGAAAAUUCAGAAGGAACAAUGCGAAGGACUUAUUCUUGUGCCAAAGUGGCCCACACAGACAUGGUGGCCAGUUGCUAUGAAAAUGCUUGUUCAGAAACCAGUGCUGCUCCCAAUGCAGGAAUUCACAUUAUUUCUACCCAGCAAACCAACAGAAAAGCACCCUCUCCAUCACAAAAUGUCCCUGUUGCUGUGUCACUUAUCAGGAAACAACUUGAGAACAGAGGUUUUUCGCAAACAGUUACAAACGUCAUGGAUGCAUCAUGGCGAUCAGGUACGCGUAAGCAGUAUGAAUGCUAUUUAUCCAAAUGGGAACUAUACUGUAGUGAACGGAAAAUCGAUCCCUUUUAUCCAGCUCUAG